UUGGGUGGAGCGCCAUGGGCACUGGAUAUGACUCGCUAUGCAAUGUAUGCUAACACAAUGCUUAUCGGGGUGGAUACGUUCCACGAUUCCAAGAGCAGGGGUGCUUCCCGAUCAGCAGUUGCGGUCAUUGGCACUUCCGAUAGCUCCGGCACGCGUUGCAGCAGUAGCGUGUUUUUCCAGUCUUCUGGUCAGGAAAUCAGUGACGAUUUGGCCAAUGCUGUAACUAAGCUCAUGGACCGCUUCCGCGAUAGGGAAGGGGAUUUCCCGGAGCAUGUAAUUUUCUACCGCGAUGGAGUUGGAGCUGGGCAGCUGGAAGCCGUACAGAACAACGAAGUGCGAGCUGUUGUUAAAGCGGUAACACAGGCAAAUCCGCGAGCUAAGCUCACCUUUAUCAUCGUGACCAAAAGUCACAAUACCAGAUUUGUUGUGGACACCCCUGGCAAGAGAAUGCCGUUCGUGAAUCCUCUGCCGGGAACUCUCGUUGACCAGGCUGUUACAAAACCUCAUCAAAUGGACUUCUACCUGGUAGCGCACUCUGCCCCCCGGGGUACGGUGGCGCCGACGUACUACAAUGUCUUGUUCAAUGAUUCUUUGCUGGAUAUCGAUCAUUUGCAGCAGUUCACAUACGCCUUGUGCUGCAUGUACUUCAAUUGGUCGGGACCUAUCAGAGUUCCGGCUCCUUGUCAGUACGCUCACAAACUAGCGUCUCUUGUGGGACAAAGCAUCCAUGAUGUUCCCCAUCCCGAUUUGGAGCCCUUCUUCUACUAUUUGUAGAACGCGGCCAGUUUUGCUGUGGAUAAUGCAGGCAGUCGUAUCAAAGGUCACGCUCUUGAGCGCGUUCAUUUUUCUCUGGUAGAAUGAUGCAGAGUUUUCCUUCUGUUAACGUUUAGCGCAGUUCGGUGCAGAUUUUCUCGGUACGGAUAAUUAUGAGGGUUUUUUAUUUUUAUUAUAAUUGAACGUUCAGUGUGAGGACUAAAAAAGUCGAUAGUUUUAACGCAGACUGAGCACACAAUUUGUGCUCUGGGAUUUUGUGCGCACUGUCCUUGUACACCGUUGUAAGGCCGGGUUUUUGCUGAACGUUGGGACUAAUCGAAUGUGGCGCGCUUUCCUUUUUCCAU